AUGGCUGAUAAUACUAUUAAGCUUCGAGAGGAGGAGGAUGUAUUUGAUGAGGAACAGUAUAACGAAGAAGAAGAUGAGGACUUCAAUCCCGAACAAGGUAAACAAAGUGAGGACGAGGAUGAAGAGGAUGAAAGUAAACCAACAGAGAGUAGUAAGCAUAAAGACGGUCGCAAUAUUGACUAUUCUAGAAUCGAGAGCGAAAGCGGUGGAUUAGUUAGAACGAGAAGGGCAAGGCUGCUGGAGGAUGAGCUCAAAUCAAAACGAAAGUACGAGGGAUUACAGGCUGGGUCCAUUUCAGACUCAGUGAAGGACAUUUGGAAUGAGUUAAAAGAGACGACAAAUAAGAGACUUAAAGAUCGGGCAUUUUGUGGGUCUGUGCUUGCCGAUGAUGAUGGAGUGAGAGCAGAGAGCUACCAGGAGGAACGUAUACUGAUCAAAAGACAUUACAAGUUUGCAGGAGAGACUAAACAUGAGGAGAGGUUAGUUCCAAUUUCAAGUUCGGAAGCACAAGAGUACCUUAGAAGCCAUAAAUUCCAAAAUAAAUCGGAUACAAGAUCAGAAUAUCUGCGAAAGCCCAUCGCUGAAAAGGAAGUCCCGAUAAGAACUGAAGAAGAACGUAAACGACUGCGAAGACCUUUGAAAAGGUCGCCAUAUCUGGAACAAAUAAUUGCAGGAUCCUUGAAGCCCAAACUGACAACACUUGAGAAGUCAAGCAUGGAUUGGGCUACUUAUGUGGAUAAGGAAGGACUCAAUGAUGAGUUAACUUUGUAUAAUAAGGAUGGGUACUUGGCCAAGCAGGAUUUCUUGAAUCGUGUUGAAAUGGUAAAGGAUAGUAGGUAUAGGGAGCUGAGACAGAAACAGCUCGCGAUGCAAUUGCAGGAGCAACAGCAGUAG